GCGUCGGCUUCGGCCGGAAGUCUAGGUGUUGGGUCACUCUGGUCGUGAUGACGUCUUCGGAGGGCGCUGUCAAGCAUGCGUGGCCAGGGGGGCGGCAGUGCCUUGGGUCCCGGACCAGAGUCCCGCUGCAGACCACAUAGAGGCAAGCGAGCGCCAGUCACCAGACGGGCCAAGGAGUCAGAGGAGUUCAGCACGGGUUUGCGGAGUUCGGAAAACAAAUAUGAGGAAUCUUCAAAUGAUUCUUCUUCAACCUCCUCCAAAGGGCUGGGCAGUGAGAACCCAGAAUCUGGGAGCAAUGGAGCCAUCCGCAGGCCAAACUACUGGCUGGAGAUGAGGGGACUAAAGCCCGCCCUGAACAAGGCUGUGGAGAAGAAAGCUGGAGAGCCUGUGUCCAAGGGAAAGCGCAGACUGGAACAAGAUGGCGAUGAAGAAUAUGAGGAGCUUGCUGGGAAGAAGCAGAAAGGGUCUGGAAAACAGGAGCAAGUGGGGAGACGGCCUCAUCACAAGCCCAAAAGCCGACGUACCAAAAAAGACCCACCAACAUAUGCAGCAGGCAGUCAAGAGGAGCGGUGGCAUUUGGCGAUUCUGGAUAAGGGUCGUGUCACUUGCCCAACCUGCAGAGCUGUCGUGAGGAAGACAGUCGAAGGACUGAAAAAGCACAUGGCCAACUGCCAGCGGGAGGUCUUCACAUGUCAACACUGUGGGAAGCAGCUGCGGUCUCUGGCAGGAAUGAAGUACCACGUCAUGGCAGACCAUAAUAGCCUGCCCGUGGCGAAGGUGGGGGGCCAGCUGGACGAGCAGAGCGAGAGAGACCGCCUGCGGACAGUGCUGAAACGGAUGGGGAAGCUCAAGUGCAUGAGAGAGGGCUGCACAGGCAGCUUCACCACCGUCAUGGGCUACCUCUACCAUGCCCAGAAGUGUGGGAAGGCAGCUGCCGAGCUGGAGAAGCUGGCUCUCAAGUGCCACCAUUGCAGCAAGUGUUACAAAUCUAAGGCUGGCCUCGUUUACCACAUGAAGUCUGAACAUGGACCGGUUACUUUUCUCCAUGAAGAAGUCCGGCCUGCUUGCCAGAAGGAGGCUGACACCGAGCCCAGCGGUGGAGGCCGGGUUCAAAGGAAAUCUGCCAAGGUGGCUGCCUACUACUUGCAUGAGCUGGCCAAUGAGGAGUUGGCCAAGGAGUGGCCAAAGAGGAAAGUCCUGCAGGAUCUUGUUCCUGAUGACCGGAAGCUGAAGUACACUCGGCCAGGGCUGCCCGCUGUUAGCCAGGAGGUUCUGUGCAAGUGGAAAUCGGAGAUAAAGAUGUACCGACGGAUCCACUGCCCCAACCAGGGUUGCGAGUGUGUCUACAGCAGCAUCUCAGGACUCAAAGCCCACCUGGGGAGCUGCACCCUGGGUGAAUUUGAGGCUGGAAAAUACAAGUGUCUGCUGUGUGAGAAGGAGUUUGUGUCUGAGAGCGGAGUCAAAUACCACAUUAACACGGUGCAUGCUGAGGACUGGUUCGACGUUAACACCAACACCACCAAGAGUUUCGAGAAGCUGAUGAAGCUGCGGCAGAAAGGAGCGGAGCAGAAGCGGCAGCGCAAGAAGCAUCUGGGGAGCCGCAGCCGCAAGAGGCGCCCUAGGACCGUGUCUCCGAAGAAGUCCCCCCGGGCGGGCGCACAGCAGAGCCAGCAGAGAGGGAAGGCAGGCCUCUCUCACCCCGCAGACAGCGAAAGCAGGAGCAGCGAGGAAGACGACGCUCACCCUCCGAAACAUGGACACAAAAAGGGGAGGAAAUAA